AUGGACUUUCCUUGCAAGAUAAACGACGUAGAAAUGGAACUAAUGGACGAUGCGCUUACGCAUUUAACGGACAAUGUUGAUUUGGCUCUAGACUGGUAUACUGAAGCUUGCAAUAAGAAGCUAGCUAGUGGAAAAGUCGCUGCACGCAAACAGUUUCACUACAAAAGACCUUAUUCUCAUGUUGAGGAUUGUUUGUGUCAGUUAACGUGA